AUGCCAAAGACCGAAGCGUACGGCCAACAGCAAACUGAUUGUGACAUAAGUGAAGGGAACUUUUCUACUCUUGAUGAUGACGAGAAGUCACCGAUUCCGGCCACGGCGGCCAAUCUCAUAGAGAUUAGCCAACUGCGCAGGAGAUAUUAUAGUGCACAAGUGUACGCGCAGACACAACGUGCACUCUCUAUUCCUGUCACUCUCAUACUCCGGUGGGACGACUGCUCGACACGACCAGUGAGAGUUAAGGCGCAGGACGGACGGCUUUACGUGCUUACGGGUGAAACACCGCCAACUUCCCAACUCGGGGCUGUUACUGAGACUUACUAUACAGAAAGACUCAAUAAC